GUGGCGGGAGCAAUCAGGCAACAGGGGCGGCACCGGCACCAUCACACCAACCCCUGCUUACUCCCAGCUCAUAAAUAGAGUAUCGCUGCGAGGCCGGGCAGUGGGCGACCUGUUCAGCUACCAAUCACCACCACCUGCAACCGCCGGCUAGAGUGCUAGACCUCGGGCAGGAAGCAGGGCGGCGCGAGAGAGAAGAGAGAGGGAAGAGAGGCAUGGCGGCCGGCGGCGACACCAUGGCCCAGGUCCACACCGGCAUCGACAGCAGCAACAAGACGCUGCUCAAGAGCGAGGCCCUCUACAAGUACGUGCUGGACACGUCGGUGCUGCCGCACGAGCCGGAGUGCAUGCGGGAGCUGCGGCUGGUGACGGACAAGCACGAGUGGGGGUUCAUGCAGUCGUCCCCGGACGAGGCGCAGCUGCUGCGGAUGCUCAUCAAGCUGACGGGCGCGCGCAACACGCUGGAGGUGGGCGUGUUCACGGGCUACUCGCUCCUCGCCACCGCGCUCGCGCUCCCCGAGGACGGCCGGGUCAUCGCCGUCGACGUGGACCGCGAGUACUACGAGAUCGGCCGCCCCUUCAUCGAGAAGGCCGGCGUCGCGCACAAGGUGGACUUCCGCGAGGGCCCCGCGCUGGACCACCUGGACGCGCUCCUCGCCGACGAGCGCAACCUCGGGGCGUUCGACUUCGCCUUCGUCGACGCCGACAAGCCCAACUACGUGCGGUACCACGAGCAGCUGCUCCGCCUGGUGCGCGUGGGCGGCACCAUCGUGUACGACAACACGCUGUGGGCAGGCACCGUGGCGCUGCCCCCCGACACGCCGCUCUCGGACCUGGACCGCCGGUUCUCCGCCGCCAUCAGGGACCUCAACGCCCGCCUCUCCGCCGACGAGCGCGUCGAGGUCUGCCAGCUCGCCAUCGCCGACGGCGUCACCAUCUGCCGCCGCCUCUUCUGAUGAGCCUCUUUCGCGUCACGAUCCGCAUGUGGCUGUGUUGAUCUGUUACUCCCUCUCCCCCUCGCUCUCGCUGCUGCUGCCGUCCCGGCGUCCCGGUGCUUUCAAUAAGACUUUUUUUUCCUUUCUAUUUCUUUCUCUUUUUCGCAAGUUGAUGACAGCGUCAGAUCGUGCGGUGUACACUUACUACUACUGUACUGUACUUGUGUUACCGGAAUUGGAGCAAAUACAGCGCAUUAAUUUCAAAAUCC